UUCCAUGUGGGCGCCGCCGCGGCGCGGCGCGGGGCAGCGCGGGGUCGCCAUGGCGGAGCUGCAGCAGCUGCGGGUGCAGGAAGCGGUGGACUCCAUGGUGAAGAGUCUGGAGAAAGAGAACAUCCGGAAGAUGCAGGGUCUCAUGUUCCGGUGCAGUGCCAGCUGUUGUGAGGACAGCCAGGCCUCCAUGCAGCAGGUGCACCAGUGCAUCGAGCGCUGCCAUGCGCCUCUGGCUCAAGCCCAGGCUUUAGUCACCAGUGAGUUGGAGAAGUUCCAGGACCGCCUGGCUCGGUGCACCAUGCAUUGCAAUGACAAAGCCAAAGAUUCAAUAGAUGCUGGGAGUAAGGAGCUUCAGGUGAAGCAGCAGCUGGACAGUUGUGUGACCAAGUGUGUGGAUGACCACAUGCACCUUAUCCCAACUAUGACCAAGAAGAUGAAGGAGGCUCUCUUAUCCAUGGGGAAAUAAAAGUGUUUGCCAAUGCCCAUCGGGGCUGAGGGCAAGGAUGUAUUUUUUAUAAGGAAUUGGGAAUUUUAGUCUUUUAAGCAAAGUUUAUGAAUGAAGAAAUUAAGGACAGCCACAAGUAUAAGGCGUAUGUCACUUGCCUCUGGACACUGGUUCUUUUAUAUUUCAGUCCUAAAAAAUGAAAUGGAAAAAAGUGGUGCUAAAUUGGGUCAGAGACAUUACAGGAGAAUUUUGGAGUUUGUAUUUCCUGUGGCCAGUGCCUGUCCUGGCAGUAAGGAUCUCCCUUUAAUAAGCCAGAGCCCUCCAAGGUACCAGACUCUUCUUACUACACAGGUACCAACAGCCUGGCAGGUUAGAGUUGGUAGAGUUCGAGGAGAGAGAUUUUCUCUUUGUUGCCAAUAUCCUGUUUACCGGAAGUGUCACCACACCAUUUUCCAUAAGCUAUGAAACAAAAUCCAUGAGGUCACUAGCUUAGAAGGGAAAAAGUUUUCUGAGUCUUUGUGUUCUUGGUUUUGUGUAAUUCAUACAAGGGCAUUCAAGUUGAUUUUAAGAUGUGGAAUUGGGAGGGAGACUAGUUUGGAUAAGAACUUUGAAAGGCUCCUUGUAGAUCCCCUUUUCUGGUCAUCAAGAUGUGGAUGUACAUUUCUUAAAAUUAUUACAUGCUGCAUCUUUCAGCCUGGGGGCCAUGCAAAAACAUGAGAGGUGAUGACUCACUAAUUAUGAGAAGCAUAAUUACUCGCUGAUGGGCCCUGAGACUAGCAAAAUGACGACGACAGGAAAUUUUUUUUUUUUUUAAGAUGGAGUUCGCUCUUGUUGCCCAGGCUGGAGUGCAAUGGCACGAUCUCGGCUCACCGAAAACUCUGCCUCCUGGAUUCAAGUGAAUCUCCUGCCUCAGCCUCCCGAGUAGCUGGGAUUACAGGCAUGCGCCACCACGCCUGGCUAAUUUUGUAUUUUUAGUAGAGACGGGGUUUCUCCAUGUUGGUCAAGCUGGUCUCGAGCUCCCAACCUCAGGUGAUCCACCCGCCUUGGCCUCCUAAAGUGCUGGGAUUAUAGGUGUGAGCCACUGCCCCCAGUAUGACAGGACAAUCUUGCAGUAACACUUUCCCCUUGAAGAGAAAGGAAUUUUGAUUGUGAUAUAUACUAGUAUCUAAGAAUACUAGGGGAAUAAAAGAGGACCAGUUGGCUACUUGAUUAUAACAGAGUUAUAAAGUACUGGAUUUGGAAAAGCCUGGUUUUUACAGAACAGAUGGAACAAAAGCCUAAACCUAGCAUUGCCUACUUAGCCCCCUGAGUUAACAGAGCCCAAUUGAGACAAACUCCUGGCAACAGGAAAUUCGAGGGAGAAAAAGUAACCAACUUGGGCUAGGAUGACCGACUCCCUUAGAGCAAAAGAGAGGGAGCCCCCAUUACCAAAUUCCACUUUUGCCUCGGGCUUUUGCAACUUGCAGUGUUCCUGCCCUGGCAUGACACCUUAUUGUUUUGAUAGCAACCUCACUGUAUUUUCACCAGCUUAUUACUUGAAAUGAUAAUAUAGCCUGUCCACUUGCUGUUUCCAGGCUGUGAUAUAUUUUCCUAGCGGUUUGAUUUUUUAAAUAAAUAAGGUUUAAUUUUCUCCCCA